AUGAAUACUUGUUCUAUGUUGCCCCCUGAAAUACCAGCAAUUUGUGAUCGUCUUUCGAGAGAAGAAUUACAGCAAAUAGGUCAAUUAUUCUUGGAUCAAGCGCAAAAUUAUGUCGACAAGCAACAACAAACACGUGUAUUUCGUUCAUCGCUCCGUCGAUCUCCCAUUCACCCACCCCGCCUCUACGUCCUUCAAUGGAACAGCAGGGGUCCCCAUCGAUAUUUCAACUCCAAGACGUCCGGCUGCAGACAGUUUCGACGUUCAGUAAAACGUUUUAAGAACAAUGAACAAUCGCCUGGUGUUCGACAACCGGCUCCUCAUCCAACCUAUCGUCGUUUCAAUAUGAGUGUAUUAAAAUGUGCAGUAUCUUGUAUUCUCCCAAGUUUCUUUAUUACUCUUGACCCAUCAUCAAAUUCAUCGAAACCUUUAUCAAGUAUUCAAGUGGCCAUUCUACUCAAAAACGUUUUUGCGGAGAACCAAACGGCGAUUAAAGAACUUUCAUUAUGUGUUCAAUCCGGUGUUAAUCGUUCCAAAUUUGCUGUAAACAACAAAGUUGAUUUCUUAAAAAUCUUCAAUUUUCGCUGGCCAGCCGUAAUUGAAGGUUAUGCAGCAGAAGUGACGAAUCUACGGAUAUUACCGGAUUGCUUCUCACUGGUGGUUAGAUAUAUUCCGUCAGAAAUAAAAAAAGAACAAGCAAAAACAGAAAUCAUGAAAGCUAUACCAACAGCGAUUGCCUUCUCAACAUUAAAAUAUCAACGACGUCAACGUCCAACUUAUGAUGUAAGAUAUAAUGUUCCAAAUAUAGAUCAUUAUGAUACAGCACUCGAGCUCGGUCAUUUAGCCAUUGGUCAUCACUAUCUUUCGCUCACUCAUUUCUAUUCCGGGUGUAGGCUAAUGUAUUGCACUGCUUGUUGGCGCAUAGAUCAUACAAGAAAUCAAUGUCAAUCUCAUGUAUGUUGUCGAAAAUGUUUGGAACCGUACGAGAAAGGAAUUGAGCAUAUUUGUUCGGAAAAUAAACUCGGAUGUGCGCAGUGUAGCAAUGCUCACUUCUCUCUCGAUCCCGGCUGUCCAAUUAUACAAAAUUAUAAAGCUGAAUUGAAACAUGCGGUGGAUGAUGCUCUAGAUAGAGGUGUGAUUAAACGUGUAGCUCCCGGUGAAUCCUCACAAACAUUCUGUCUACAAGAUGAAGAUUUUCUCCCGUUAAAAGCAACGAAUGCUGGUGGUGGACCUGGAUGGCACUCUCCUCCUGAUGGAUCAAUUCAAUGUGACAGCAUAACAACUAUCAUUGAUGCGAUACAGGUUAUCAAUAAAUGGAUCUAUGCGAACAAUAACGAAAAAUCAAAAUUAAAGAAAAAAAUUGACAAAUUAGCCGAUAAACUCCAGAAGGGGAGACGAAUUAUUAAAGAUGAUGAUAAUGGAACAUGUUCAACACCGGCUUCCCCUCGUCUAUUAGCAAACGUUUUGGUCAAUAGGAAACUUCUCUCUAUAUUGCUCUACUCAUCAUUUGCCCUGUUAUUCUUGUAUUAUAUACCAUCAUUCAAUGUUUAUAAUCGUCUUAUACAAGAUUAUCAAGAUGAAUUGGAAUUGACAUAA